UUGGAAACCUCUCCUCCUCCCGCGGCUGCCUCCACCUGGCUCCUCCCCGUGUUCGCCAAGCUCCCCUCCCCCUUUCCCCAAGGACAAUCUGCAAGAAAGCAGCGGCGGAGGAGAGCUAAAAACUACAAGAGUGGAUCAUGACCCAUGAAGAGCAUCAUGCAGCCAAAACCCUGGGGAUCGGCAAGGCCAUUGCCGUGUUGACCUCUGGUGGAGAUGCCCAAGGUAUGAAUGCGGCCGUUAGGGCUGUGGUCCGAGUUGGUAUCUUCACGGGUGCCCGCGUCUUCUUUGUCCAUGAGGGUUACCAAGGCCUGGUGGACGGUGGUGAGCACAUCAGGGAGGCCACGUGGGAGAGCGUGUCUAUGAUGCUUCAGCUGGGAGGCACGGUGAUCGGAAGUGCCCGAUGCAAGGACUUCCGGGAGCGAGAAGGACGACUCCGAGCCGCCCACAACCUGGUGAAGCGGGGGAUCACCAAUCUGUGUGUCAUCGGAGGCGAUGGCAGCCUCACUGGGGCUGACACUUUCCGUUCAGAGUGGAGCGACUUGCUGAAUGACCUCCAGAAAGAUGGGAAGAUCACAGCCGAGGAGGCUACAAAGUCCAGCUACCUGAACAUCGUGGGCCUGGUUGGCUCAAUCGACAAUGACUUCUGUGGCACUGAUAUGACUAUUGGUACUGACUCUGCCCUGCACAGGAUUGUGGAGAUCGUAGACGCCAUCACCACCACUGCUCAGAGCCAUCAGAGGACAUUUGUGUUAGAAGUGAUGGGCCGCCACUGUGGAUACCUGGCCCUUGUCACCUCUCUGUCCUGUGGGGCUGACUGGGUUUUCAUUCCUGAGUGCCCGCCAGAUGACGACUGGGAAGAACACCUUUGUCGCCGGCUCAGUGAGACAAGAACCCGUGGUUCUCGUCUCAACAUCAUCAUUGUUGCUGAAGGUGCAAUCGACAAGAACGGGAAGCCAAUCACCUCAGAAGACAUCAAGAAUCUGGUGGUGAAGCGCCUUGGAUAUGACACCAGGGUCACUGUUCUGGGACAUGUACAGCGGGGUGGGACACCAUCAGCCUUUGACCGGAUCCUGGGCAGCAGGAUGGGUGUGGAAGCAGUGAUGGCACUUUUGGAGGGGACCCCAGACACCCCAGCCUGUGUGGUGAGCCUCUCUGGUAAUCAGGCUGUGCGCUUGCCCCUCAUGGAGUGCGUCCAGGUGACCAAAGACGUGACCAAGGCUAUGGAUGAGAAGAGAUUUGAUGAAGCCAUUAAGCUGAGAGGCCGGAGCUUCAUGAACAACUGGGAGGUAUACAAGCUUCUAGCUCAUGUCAGACCCCCAGUCUCUAAGGGCGGGUUGCACACCGUGGCUGUGAUGAAUGUGGGGGCCCCAGCUGCUGGCAUGAAUGCCGCCGUUCGCUCUACCGUGAGGAUUGGCCUUAUCCAGGGCAACCGGGUGCUGGUCGUACAUGACGGCUUUGAGGGUCUGGCCAAAGGUCAGAUUGAGGAGGCUGGCUGGAGCUAUGUUGGAGGCUGGACUGGUCAAGGUGGUUCCAAACUUGGUACUAAAAGGACUCUCCCCAAGAAGAACCUGGAACAGAUCAGUGCCAACAUAACCAAGUUUAACAUCCAGGGCCUUGUCAUCAUUGGCGGCUUUGAGGCUUACACAGGGGGCUUGGAGCUGAUGGAGGGCAGGAAGCAGUUUGAUGAGCUCUGCAUCCCGUUUGUGGUCAUUCCAGCCACGGUUUCCAAUAAUGUCCCUGGGUCAGACUUCAGCAUCGGGGCUGACACAGCACUGAACACCAUCUGCACGACUUGUGACCGAAUUAAGCAGUCUGCAGCAGGCACCAAACGUCGGGUGUUUAUCAUCGAGACUAUGGGUGGCUACUGUGGCUACCUGGCCACCAUGGCAGGGCUGGCCGCCGGGGCUGAUGCUGCCUACAUUUUUGAGGAGCCCUUCACCAUUCGAGAUCUCCAGGUAGAUGGCCGGCCACCAGAGCCUGCUCGGUCUCUCUCCCAUUCUAGCAUCCAAAGCUACUGUUUCCAUACUACUUCUGGUUUCCCUGGCAGGAAUGAGAAAUGCAAUGAGAACUACACUACUGACUUCAUUUUCAACCUGUACUCUGAGGAGGGGAAGGGCAUCUUCGACAGCAGGAAGAACGUGCUUGGCCACAUGCAGCAGGGUGGAAGCCCAACUCCCUUUGACAGGAAUUUUGCCACUAAGAUGGGUGCUAAGGCUAUGAAUUGGAUGUCUGGGAAAAUCAAGGAGAGUUACCGUAAUGGACGGAUCUUUGCCAACACCCCUGACUCGGGCUGCGUUCUGGGGAUGCGUAAGAGGGCCCUGGUCUUCCAGCCAGUGACUGAGCUGAAGGACCAGACAGAUUUUGAGCACCGAAUCCCCAAAGAACAGUGGUGGCUGAAGCUGAGGCCAAUCCUCAAAAUCCUAGCCAAGUACGAGAUUGAUCUGGACACCUCCGACCACGCCCACCUGGAGCACAUUUCCAGGAAGCGGUCUGGAGAAGCUGCGGUCUAGGCCUCUUUGGAGUGAGGGGGGAGGACCAUCUGAUCACAGUCAGCUCACAGCCCGGUAGAUCUGAGUCCAUGGCCUCUCAGUGCUCUAGCCCAGCCCCCACCCUGCUAGGUUUCCCUGUACUCCAUGCCUGCAACCAGGAUCAGCUGUGGCCAGGAGCUGGCGGAGGGGCGGUGAGUGACCCUCCUAGGUGGCUGUCCUUCCUCCCUCCCACUCCAGCUUCAUCAGUCACACAGGCUGGGUCUCUAGUGCUACCGCUAGAUUUCAGCUACUCGAGUUUUCCUAAAAAUAAGCUUUAUUUAUUUCUUUGUAAUAACAAAGAGUCUUAGGUCCCUUUACUCGUACCACAGUGAUGAAGUGUAACUACACUAAUAAAUGCCAGCUGGCCACUGUG